AUUUAUUUCCUCUUCCUCCCGCCCAGACCCUCCUGUCAGGAGAGCUGCAGCCCAGACGGAGACAGGCAGGAAGCUACAGGGACACAGGAGGCAGAGGACGGCAGGAGGACCUCUCAGAAGCCCCCACCCGGUACACCAAGCUCCUCAAGUCUCCCAGUGGCCAUGAGCACCAGGCAGGAGACCAGAAGAGAGGGGGGAGACUCCAGCAGGAGGGGACAGGGGGCAGAGCUUCGGGACCGAGCCCACCUGAGCCAGCAGCGCCGGCUCAAACAGGCCACCCAGUUCCUGCACAAGGACUCCGCCGACCUGCUGCCCCUGGACAGCCUCAAGAGGCUGGGCACCUCCAAGGACCUGCAGCCGCAUAGCGUGAUCCAAAGACGCCUGUUAGAAGGAAACCAGAGUCGGAGUCAGGGGGAGUCUCCCCUGGUGCAGGCCCUGAUGCACGGCCAGGAGAACAGGAGGAAGACGAACACGCCAGAGAUUCCAGCUCUUCUGGUCAAUUGCAAGUGUCAGGACCAGGUUCUCAGGGUGGCCGUGGACACAGGCACCCACUACAACCAGAUCUCCACUGGAUGCCUCACCCGCCUGGGGUUAGGGAACAGGGACCCAGCACCUGGACUCCCACCCCAGGUGGAGCAGCUGGAGCUACAGCUAGGCCAGGAGACUGUGGCAUGCUCAGCUCAGGUGGUGGAUGUGGAGAGUCCUGAAUUCUGUCUCGGACUGCAGACUCUGCUUUCUCUCAAGUGCUGUAUCGACUUGGAACACCGAGUGCUGCGGCUGAAAGCCCCCUUCCCAGAGCUGCCCUUCCUACCUUUGUACCCAGAGCCUGGCCAGUGA